ACAAACCUUGGCUUUGGGUUUUCUCAAACGAUAGAGAAGCAUGUGAUGAUCGUUGCCGUCGACGACAGAGAGCACAGCGCUUACGCGCUGGAGUGGACGAUGUUACUACUGUCGUCGCGAGCACAGCACCUACGCGUUGGAGUGGACGAUGCUACUACUGCUGUCGGCCUUCUUCUUCUUCUCUCAAACCCAGAUUGGCUCGAGAAGAUGGUCUGCAGCUGUGACUUGUGUCAUCAAAUCCAACCGGUAGUGAAGGUCGUCAAAAAUGGAGACCGAGGCACCCCCGUCGCUGCCACCUCCGCAGCUGCCUCCUCUCAGGAGAGAUGAUACCGUUCAAUCUUUGACCUUCCAGACGACUUCUUCCACUCAUGUUGCUUACUCUCUCCAUCUCUCCUGACUUCAGUGUUUGAGCCUGAUAACUAGCGAAAAAUAAGGUAUGUUUUAGCUUUAAUUUGUAUUUGGUGUUUUCGAUUGACUUUUGGAUCUCUUUGAAAGAAUUUUAGUUGAGUUAAAGCCUAUUUAUUGGAGAUAUUGCGGUAAGUUACUGGGUUUGGUACAUCGAGUACAAUGUUUUGUUUCUGAUUUCUUAUCUAGAUUUGGAGAUGUGAAAUAAUUAUUGAAGUUACGGAGAUAUUUUAUGUGUUUCUCGUGAUUGCUUUUUAGUGUUUGGAAUUGGGAUUACUAUUCACUGAUUGUGAAUUUGGGGAAAAGUAAAACCCUAGAAUUUUGCUUUUGAGUUUUGGUGCAUUACUUUACCAUGGUAGAAAUGGAAUUUUCAUAGUAGAAAAGUAGUCCCAGUAAAAUUGGAUCAAUCCU